UGUGUUGUGGGCGGGGCGCGGCGCGGGGCCGGGCCGGGCCCCCGGGGGAGGCAGAGCUGGGCCGCGGGCUCGCGUCGGGGAGGCUAGAGCGGAAACCGGCGCAGCCCGAUUCGGGGGAGGGCCGGGCUUGCGGCCGCUCUCACUAUCUCUGCCCCCCACCCCAGGCAUGGAAGGCUCCAAGCUGUCGGCGUGCACCAUGCAGGUGAGCUUCGUGUGCCAGCGCUGCAGCCAGCCCCUCAAGCUGGACACCUCCUUCAAGAUCCUGGACAGGGUCACGAUCCAGGAGCUGACAGCUCCAUUACUUACUACAGUGCCUGCAAAACCAGGAGACACUCAUGAGGAAGACGCUACCUUGGCAGAGGAAGCCUUCACAGAAAACCGUCAGGAUGGGGUAUCUAGGAGAUUCGUUCCUCCAGCAAGAAUGAUGUCUACAGAAAGUGCCAAUAGUUUCACUCUGAUUGGAGAAGCUUCUGAUGGUGGAACCAUGGAGAACCUCAGCAGGAGACUAAAGGUUACUGGUGACCUUUUUGACAUUAUGUCAGGACAGACAGAUGUGGAUCACCCUCUGUGUGAGGAAUGCACAGAUACCCUUCUAGACCAGUUAGACACACAACUUAACAUCACAGAGAAUGAGUGCCAGAACUACAAGCGAUGUCUAGAGAUCUUGGAACAAAUGAAUGAAGAAGACAAGGAAAAAUUGCAAAUGGAGCUGAAGGAACUCGCUCUGGAGGAGGAGCAGUUGAUCCAGGAGCUGGAAGAUGUGGAGAAGAACCGCAAGAUUGUAGCAGAAGACUUUAAGAGGGUCAGGGCAGAAGCAGAGAGGCUGGAUCAGGAGGAGGCACAGUAUCAGAAGGAAUACUGUGAAUUCAAGAGGCAGCAACUGGAGUUGGAUGAUGAACUGAAAAGUGUUGAUAACCAGAUGCGUUAUGCCCAGAUGCAGUUGGAUAAACUGAAGAAAACUAAUGUGUUCAAUGCAACAUUUCAUAUCUGCGUUCCUGUAGAAUGGAAUGAGAUCAAUGCAGCUUGGGGGCAAACAGUGUUACUACUGCAUGCUCUUGCCAACAAGAUGGGCCUGAAGUUUCAAAGAUACCGUCUCGUUCCAUAUGGGAACCAUUCCUAUUUAGAGUCCCUCACAGACAAAUCAAAGGAGUUGCCCUUGUAUUGCUCUGGAGGUUUAAGAUUCUUUUGGGACAAUAAAUUUGAUCAUGCGAUGGUGGCUUUUUUGGACUGUGUGCAGCAAUUUAAAGAAGAGGUGGAAAAAGGCGAAACUCAUUUCUGUUUGCCCUACAGAAUGGAUGUGGAAAAAGGCAAGAUAGAAGAUACAGGGGGCAGCGGUGGCUCUUACUCUAUUAAAACCCAGUUUAAUUCAGAGGAGCAAUGGACAAAAGCACUCAAGUUCAUGUUAACUAACCUGAAAUGGGGUCUUGCCUGGGUUUCAUCUCAAUUCUAUAACAAAUGACUGCAUGAAGAACUUACCCUGAUGGCUAUGGAGUAUCUGCAUUUUGUUUUGAAGAAUAUCAGAUUAAGUUGUCACUUAAUAUUAACCAGUACAGGAUGUUUACAAUACCAAAAAUCCACAAGACACUUUAUUUAAAAUUUCAUACCACAAGUAAUAUGUAGAAAAGCAAUAUGUAAAGUUAUGCUGUUAAGCGGAACAGAAUAAAAUUAAGCUGUUCAUGAAGUAGCUAUUUAGCUUUUAUGUAUAUUGUGCUUUUAUGUAUGUCAAAACUUAUUUUACUGUACAAGUGGAUAUUUAAUACCAUUGCAACUUUUAAACAAAUUGUAUCUUAGGAAAAUGAAGUACUAAGAAUACAGUGGGGAAAAAACUCAUAGGCACUUUGCCUGGUCACCUUAAAGCUUGAACAUAUUUAUUUUUUCUUUAAAUCAGAUACAGAUGCGCACUUAACUUGGUGCCAUUCAAAUUUACUAGGGUUUGAUACUAUUUAAAAUGUUGCUAUAAUAUUUAAAUGUUUCUAUCCAGUAUUUCUUGCAGUCUGUUACUGCACAAAGGUGCACUGAACACUGUAAUAAAAGUUUGUAUUCUAGA